AUGGAUAGUUUCUCAGCGCCCUACACUCAGACCCCCAUCCCUACCCUCAUGGGCCAGUUUGUCCCCGCUCAAGGCACAUCCGGCGCAAACAUGCCAUCUCAAGUAGCGCAGACCUUCUCUCAAAACAUGGCUUCCAUAUCAGCGAACAACCUACUCGGCACACAGCCCAAACCCCCUUCUCAAAUGAACUCACCCCAAACCGGUGCUUCUCCCGCAGUUCCAAACCAGGCACAGGCCCAAGCCCAAGCUCAGGCUCAAUUUGCAGCGCGUGAAAAGGCCCGCGUCACGGCCCUCCUCGAUAUCAACUCAGCCUUGUUGCAAGAGGUGGUGAAUCUACAAGCGGCCGGCAAGGCUGGCCCCGCCUCCAACCCAGAUACAAAUUCACCGUCGUCAGAGCAACUGGAUGCAUCCAAAGCCCACCAGAAGCCAAGCCCUGAAUACAUUGAGUGCAUGCGACGCCUACAAGCCAAUCUAGCCUACCUCGCGACUAUCGCCGAUCGAGCGAAGAAGGCGGGUGGAGUCGUGCCCCAGACGCCAGCGAUCAUGACACCGCCUCCCAACCUUCCCACUGUGAAUGAGCUAUAUGCUAGACUUAACGAGCUCUUCUCGCGAUCUGCAAAGGCCUCUACUUCGCAAAGACCAAGUCCUCCGUCCAUGCAAGGAAAUGGUGGACCUAGCCCUGGCGCUAUGGCCGAGUCGAUUAUCUGA